CCCGGAAGCGGCAGCGCGGCGCGACCGGGCUGGCGGGCUCUGGGAGCGGGAAUCCCGGCGGAUCCCGGGAGGGCGGAUAACCCCCAGCCCUACCCUUGGUGCCGCCUCCUCCUCCCUCCUUCCUCCUCCUGCAGCCAGCGCGCCUGUGUCCCCUCUAGGAAGGGGUGGAAGAGGGGCGUCUGGAGAGGACCCCGCGAAUGCCCACGUGACUGGCAAUCCUCCUUGGGGCUGUUCCGGCCUGCAGGGAACAUGGGCGUACUCAGAGUCGGACUGUGCCCUGGCCUCACCCAGGAGAUGAUCCAACUUCUCAGGAGCCGCAGGAUCAAGACAGUGGUGGACCUGGUUUCUGCAGACCUGGAGGAGGUAGCUCAGAAAUGCGGCUUGUCUUACAAGGCCCUGGUUGCCCUGAGGCGGGUGCUGCUGGCUCAGUUCUCAGCUUUCCCCUUGAAUGGCGCUGAUCUCUAUGAGGAACUGAAGACCUCCACUGCCAUCCUGUCCACCGGCAUUGGCAGCCUGGACAAACUGCUUGAUGCUGGUCUUUAUACUGGAGAAGUGACUGAAAUUGUAGGAGGCCCAGGUAGCGGCAAAACUCAGGUAUGUCUAUGUGUGGCAGCAAAUGUGGCCCAUGGCCUGCAGCAAAACAUCCUAUAUGUAGAUUCUAAUGGAGGGCUGACAGCUUCCCGCCUUCUCCAGCUGCUUCAGACUAAAACCCAGGAUGAGGAGGAACAGGCAGAAGCUCUCCAGAGGAUCCAGGUGGUGCAUGCGUUUGACAUCUUCCAGAUGCUGGAUGUGCUGCAGGAGCUCCGAGGCACUGUGGCCCAGCAGGUGACUGGUUCUUCAGGAACUAUGAAGGUGGUGGUGGUGGACUCGGUCACUGCGGUGGUCUCCCCACUUCUGGGAGGUCAGCAGAGGGAAGGCUUGGCCUUGAUGAUGCAGCUGGCCCGAGAGCUGAAGACCCUGGCCCGGGACCUUGGCAUGGCAGUGGUGGUGACCAACCACAUAACUCGAGACAGGGACAGCGGGAGGCUAAAACCUGCCCUUGGACGCUCCUGGAGCUUUGUGCCCAGCACUCGCAUUCUCCUGGACACCAUUGAGGGAGCAGGAGCAUCAGCUGGCCGGCGCAUGGCGUGUCUAACCAAAUCUCCCCGACAGCCAACAGGUUUCCAGGAGAUGGUAGACAUUGGGACCUGGGGGACCUCAGAGCAGAGCGCCACAUUACAGGAUGAUCAGACAUGACCCGUGCUGUUGUUUGGGAAACAGGGGAGCAUUAGGGACCCCUCCCAACUUUUCUUCCCAGUGCCUACUGUUUACUGCCACCUGGCACUGGUGACUACAGAAGUUCUCAGGCUGGUCAGAAAAGACAUCUUGGGUUCCUUGGCCUCACUCUCUGUAAGCAUAUAAACCACAGGCGAAAGAGGAUGCUGCAGUGUGAGGACCCAGAAAUUCAUACUGGUGCCAUAUUUCCUUCCCUUAUUUCUGACGUGUAUGUUUCCAGUGGAAACGAAGUUCACCCUGGCUGGGAGCAUCUCGGAAGAGGCAUGCUGGCGACUGGAUGGAUAACCCUGUGCAUCCCCAUUGUGUCCUGUGCUCCCUCCUAGCACAGUGGCGAAGCCGGGAAAGCCUCUAACUUGCCUUUGCUGCUGCUGCUUUUUUUAUUGUCUCUGCCUUUCCAUUUGUUAAAUGGGGGCCCACUCUUCCUUAGCUCUGUCUCUGAGUUACUGAGUGGAAAUAAGCUUAUAAAUGAAAUACUCUUCCUUAUCUCUGUUUUGCUCUUAAAAAUAUAAAAAGGCAAUUCCCCAAGCCCCAGAGCCACCUGAUUUUCCCUUAGAAGGUUGUUUUUCAGUUUCCCCCCAGUGAGGCCCAAAGAACAGUUUACUCCUCCUUUCCUCUUGCUGAUUUGGUUUCAGACCUGCAUGCCUCACCGUGACUAGCUGAGAACGUGUGGGCUCGCUGCAGUCCCAGGGAUAUAAUUUAACAGAAAGGGAGGAUAUGACCUGCACCACUCCCUGGUGAAUCCGGCCACUCGUUUAAUAUGCAUGGUGCCCUGUGGGGCCCCUCCACAGUACAGCAUAACCAGAGGUGCUGAACCAUGGGGUUCAGAGGUGCCUUGCCCAUAAACAGGCAGAGGAGAAUUUGCACAGUAAAUAGAGCCAGCUGGGAAAAUUGAUGCUGACGUAAAUAAUACAUGGCAAAUCUAGUCCUUUAUGCAGAAAUUCAUUGCUGGUGGCUCCAAGAUGCAAUAUAAUUACACCUCUCUUCCUGCCAGCUGUACCACAGCUAGUACUCUAGUGUAUGAAAUAAUCCCCCUGUCUUUUACCAGCACUGUGGCCAUCCAUCUGAGAGCCAUGACCCUGGCUGGGAGGGGAGGAGGACACCAGGGAAUGGAAAAUAAAAGGAAAAGUAGAGAAA